CUCGAGGCCCUGGGAACAUGCACUAAGAAUGGCGUGCUCGACAUCGGCAUCUUUUUCGAAAUUUGAGCCCAUCAGUUGCCGCUGCCGUCAAUGAGGACCAUCGGCGACGACCCGAUUUAAACUGUCUACUUCAUCUCCUCUUCCCCAUAGACAAUCCCUCCACUGCUCUCAGACAUCGUGUUGUUGCAGUCACAAUGGGUUCCAUUUCGACUGCUGGCGAGGCUGUCGCCCGCAUCGCACAUUUGGCCUCCGACGUGAUUGUGUCGGUUGUGCCUUCAUUGAAGGAGGAUUCUGAGUUCUCUGAGGCAUUGCGCACAUUGCAGCAGAGCAAUGCGCCUUCAGUUGUUGCUAAGCAGCGGCCAGAGGUCCUUUCUGUUCGCCAGAAUGCCGACCCUCUUCUCUCAGUUUUCCAGCCAAUUCGUGCUGGUAAGCUCACCAGUGUCACCGCCGCCUCCUCGAUCCUGGUGAAGUCGAUACCACACCUCUACAAGCUCGCCCAGUACCCCGUCGUUCUCCAUGUCUCCGUGCAGCCUGCCGGCUUCCCAGACUUCUCUGAUAUCACAUCCAUCAGGCAGUCUGGCUUCACAUUCCUGCAGUCCGAGACUCUGCAGGAAGCACAGGACAUUGCCCUGACUGCGCAUGCUUUGGCUAUCAAGUCAGGCAAGGGUGUCAUUCACUUCUUCGAUUCAAGCGCAUCCGCUUUCAAAAAGUCAAUCGCACAAGAAGAUGCUCAGCUGCUCGGACGCGUUAUUGACCUUGACGCCGCGGCGGCUUUCCAGCACACAAGGUCAGAGGAGACCUCACUCUACGCCGAUGAUGGCAGGAGCGCUACCGUCUCCUUCGCCCGCAGCCAGACAUUGAACACAAACAAUACAGAGGCGGCACCCCUGAGCUCCUCGGAGUUGCAAUCUGUCCUGGUAUCGGAGAGGAACAGCCAGCGCGCUGACUCCUCGUCUGGUUCAUCACAGCGUGACACCAGCCAGAGCGGCGUCUCGGUCUCUUCCGCGACCACUGUUGAGUCGUUGAUCUCGAAGCCUGUCUCAUCUGAGGACAUCUACCGAUUUGCCUCCCAGAUCUGGGAGACCAUCAAGGAGUCCACCGGACGUGCCUAUGAUGCAUUCUCUUACACUGGCGCUGGUAAUGAGGAGGCCGCUAUCUUCCUGUUCGGCGCCGACACUGGCAUCUUCGCUACUGAGCUCGACUCUGCGGACGACUCGGAAGCUUAUGCCAACGCCGGUCUCAUCACAGCGAGGAUGUACCGACCCUGGUUGGGCGCUUCUCUUGCCCCACUGCUCCCUAAGUCGAUCAAGAAGAUUGCAGUCCUGGAGCAGGUUCGUCGCAAGACCACCAAGUGGGGACCUGUCCUUUUGGACCUGUUGAUGUCGCUAAAGUCGACUGGUGGCGCAUCGCCUACCGUUGUUGGCUUCCAGCUGGGCUACAUCGAUGAGAAGACUGUUCAGCAAGCUCUGCGUGGUGUAUGGCAGAACCUCACCAGCGAGUCGCCUCUCCAAAACCUCCAGAUCGGUAACAUCGACGGCCCAAAAGCUGAGCCGGCGAAGCUCCAGAAGCCUGCCCUCGAGAACGCCUACGUUAAGAUUCUGGACCAGGUUUUCGGUGACAAGCUUCACGUCGCCAACCAGCUUGGCGCACAGAAUGCUGGUAUCUCUAACGAGAUCUCAGCAAGCCCCGAGUACGGUUUCGGAUCGCUCAUCGCUCGCAAGGAGCACAGGAAGCGAUUUGUCGACGAGGCUGCGGCUGCUUCCAAGAGUAACGAUUUCAUCACAAGUGCACCUAAGGAAUGGCUGUCCAAGUGGGCACUUAGCGCAGACAGCGCUCUUGAGGCUAACAACCUUGCCCCUGAGGUUAUUGCACGCUUGAGCACUGACGGCUCCGCCACUGCCAACAAGUUCCUCGAGUCCAAGAAGCUGUUCUACAAGGAGUCGCCCUGGUUGGUUGGCUCUGAUGCUUGGGCAUACGAUCUCGGAAACUCUGGUGUUCACCACGUCUUGGAGUCUGGCGAGAACGUUAACAUGCUCAUCAUCGACUCCACGCCUUACUCCGAGCGCGCCGCUGCCGACUCCGUACGCAGGAAGAAGGACAUUGGUCUUUACGCCAUGAACUUCGGUAACGCCUACGUUGCAUCCGUUGCUGUAUACAGCUCCUACACCCAGGUUCUCGAGGCUAUGAUUGAGGCCGAUAAGUUCGACGGUCCCUCGGUUGUCCUCGCCUACCUACCAUACGAGAAGGAGAACGAUUCACCCCUGACCAUCCUGCAAGAGACCAAGAAGGCUGUCGACCUUGGAUACUGGCCGUUGUACCGCUGGGACCCCAAGGGUGACGAGAAGGGUGAGCCCAACUUUCAGCUUGACUCCGAGAGGAUCAAGAAGGAGCUCGAGGAAUUCCUUGCCCGGGACAGCUACAUGUCCCAGGUUAUGAAGAGGCACCCUCAGUUUGCCUCCAACGUUUCUGGUAACUUCGGUACUGAGGUUAGGCAGCUGCAGAAGCGCAAGGCCAAGGAUGCUUACAGCCAGCUCCUUGACGGUCUCGCUGGUGACCCACUGACCGUCCUUUUCGCUUCCGACAACGGUAACGCCGAGAAGGUGUCAAAGCGACUGGGUAACCGUGGUAAGGCGCGAGGCCUCAAGACUAUGGUCAUGGCCAUGGACGACUUCCCUCUCGAAGACUUGCCCAACGAGCAGAAUGUCGUGUUCAUCACCAGUGUCGCUGGUCAGGGUGAAUUCCCUCAGAACGGACGCACAACCUGGGAAACCAUCAAGGACUCCACUGACCUGGACCUCGCCACCGUCAACUUCUCCACAUUCGGUCUCGGUGACAGCCACUACUGGCCCCGUAAGGAGGACAAGAUCUACUACAACAAGCCCGCCAAGGACUUGCACGCCCGCCUCGUCACACUUGGUGGCAAGGAGCUCGCACCUGUCGGUCUUGGAGAUGACCAGGAUCCUGAUGCGUACGAGACGGCUUACCAGGAGUGGGAACCCAAGCUCUGGCAAUCGCUCGGUGUGGACAAUGUCGAGGGUCUUCCUGAGGAGCCCCCGCCAAUCACCAAUGAGGACAUGAAGGCUGCCUCGAACUACCUCCGUGGCACUAUCGAGGAGGGUUUGGCCGACACAUCCACUGGCGCCAUCUCUGCCAGCGACCAGCAGCUCACCAAGUUCCACGGUACCUACAUGCAGGACGACCGUGACCUUCGUGACGAGCGCAAGGCACAGGGCCUUGAGCCAGCAUACUCGUUCAUGAUCCGAUGCAGACUUCCUGGUGGUGUUGCUACCCCUAAGCAGUGGCUGCAGAUGGACGAGAUCAGCACCAAGCUCGGUAACGAGACUAUGAAGCUGACCACCCGUCAAACCUUCCAAUUCCAUGGUGUUGUCAAGGGCAAGCUCAAGCCAGCCAUGCAGGCCAUCAACAAGUCUUUGAUGACCACCAUCGCUGCCUGCGGUGACGUUAACCGUAACGUGAUGUGUAGUUCUCUCCCUACUCACUCCAGCUACCACGCUCAGGUCCACGCUGUAUCCCGGAAGAUCAGCGACCACCUUCUUCCCAAAACCAGCGCUUACCACGAGAUCUGGCUUGAGGAUGACGAGACAAAGGAGAAGCGUAAGGUCGCUGGCGAGGCUAUUCAGGAUCACGAGCCGCUCUACGGUCCUCUCUACCUGCCCAGGAAGUUCAAGGUCACCAUCGCUAUCCCACCUCACAACGACACCGAUGUCUACGCUCACGACAUCGGUCUAAUCGCCAUCAAGGGUGCCGACGGCAACCUCGUCGGUUUCAACGUUCUUGCUGGUGGUGGUAUGGGUGUCACACACAACAACAAGAAGACAUACCCCCGAACCGGAAGCAUGUUCGGUUACGUUCCCACAGAGCAGGCUCACAUUGUUUGCGAGAAGAUCAUGCUGGUGCAGCGCGACCACGGUGACCGCAAGAACAGGAAGCACGCUCGUCUAAAGUACACUGUCGACGACAUGGGUGUCGAUGUCUUCCGUCGCAAGGUUGAGGAGCUGUGGGGCCAGAAGUUCGCUGACCCUGCGCCCUUCAAGUUCGACAGCAAUGUCGACACAUUCGGAUGGCAGAAGGAUGAGAAGGGUCUCAACCACUUCACUCUCUUCGUUGAGAACGGUCGCAUUGAGGACACUGCUGAGUUCCCCAUGAAGACCGGUCUGAUCGAGGUUGCCAAGGCACACAAGGGAGAAUUCAGGUUGACUGGUAACCAGCACUUGAUCCUGUCCAAUGUUCACGACGAUGACCUCGCGGCGAUGAAGGAGCUCCUCAAGAAGUGGAAGCUUGACAACAUCCACUUCUCUGGCAUGAGGCUGUCAAGUUCCGCUUGUGUUGCUUUCCCCACUUGCGGUCUUGCCAUGGCUGAGUCCGAACGUUACCUUCCCGUCCUGAUCUCCAAGCUCGAGGGCACCCUUGAGGAGGCCGGUCUGCGUCAAGACAGCAUCGUUAUGCGUAUGACUGGUUGCCCUAACGGUUGCGCGCGUCCUUGGCUUGCUGAGGUUGCGUUUGUUGGUAAGGCUUACGGCGCAUAUAACAUGUACCUUGGUGGUGGCUACCAUGGUCAGCGCUUGAACAAGCUGUACAGGAGUUCGAUUAAGGAAGACGAGAUCCUUGAGAUCAUGCAGCCGAUGAUCAAGCACUACGCUAAGGAGAGGAAUGAGGGCGAGCACUUCGGUGACUUCGUCAUUAGGAAGGGUUACGUCAACGAGACCACGCACGGAACCAACUUCCACGAGAACACUGCGGAAGAUGAAUCUGAUGGCGAGUAAAUGGUUCAGCUGAUCAAGGGUUACGAUUGACGGUUUCAUAUAGUUGCAUAUGACUGCUUUGGGUAGGACCAGGUCAUACAUUGGCGUUGUG